AUUUGUCGUUGUAAAAUUACUGGAUGGGGGAAUUAGAUUGUGAUCGAGCCAUGCGGACCCAGCCGGUGAAUCUAGGGUUUGGACCGGUUUUCGGUAGAGUAAACCGGGACUGCCGGUUGCUGGGGCAGCGGCCGCGAGAGGGUCGGUCUGUUCGUUCGGGUGGUGUUGGCUCCGGCUCAGAUCGGCCGGCAAGUUUCUUCUGACUCUGGAUUGGCUUUUGCUUAUUGUUUUCUUCUAUUUAGGAGGGAAAGAUCGCACCUUUCCUUCAAGCGAUAUAUUUUUGGCGCUUCCGCUGCAGAAGAUUGAUCGCCGGGGGAAAAACUCAUCGAGAAAGGGAGUAUUGGCUCCUAUGAGUCUUGGCCUAUUCUACCGUGAUUAAGCAAUGUUCAAGAGGAGGUGAUUCUCACAGCGGGUCCAUAUGUUUGAUAUUUUCUAUGAGGGGGAGAUUUUGAUGGCAGAUGGGAAAGUAUCGUGGAGCAGGACCAUCAGCUACCUGGCCAUAUGACAUUGUUAUGAUGUUCUGUGACCUAUGUUUGAGAGAGAUUGCUCUUGGAAACCGUCCUAGUACUCAUUUUACCAAAAUUGGAUGGGCUAAUCUAGUUGAUAGUUUCAAGAAAUGGACAGGCAAGGAUUAUGACAGGAUUCAAUUGAAAAAUAAAUGGGACCAACUUAAAAAAGAAUGGAAGUUGUGGAAGGAUUUGAAGAAGGGUGCAACUGGCUUUGGUUGGAACCCAAAGAGGAGAACUCUUGAUGCCUCUGAUGAAUGGUGGAAGAAAAAGAUCCAGGAGUUUCCUGCUGCCAAAAGGUUUAGAUAUAAUGGCAUUGACCCUGUUUUGGAAGAAAAGCUAGAUAAGAUGUUUAUGAAUACGAUACUGCCUGGUGAGCCUGCUUGGGCACCCAAUUCUGGAUCUUUUCCUACUGGCCUGACGGAGGAUGGCCAUGGAGAUUUUGGAGAUAGUGAAAGCACCAAAUCUUUAUCUGGGGAUGCCAAUUCAUUGAACGAAUCGCCACGACUUUCCAGUGGUUUAAAGAGAGCCUCCCAACCAUCAUCUCUAGCUAAAGGAAACAGAAGUAAAAUGGUCUCUUCCAAGUCUGGAGUGUCAGGAGCUGCAGCUGAAGGGGUGCAGCAGAUGCUUCAAACCCAGAUCCAGGAAUUAGUUGAUGCAGCUACUAACAGUAACAAAGUCACAGUUGCACCGAGCAAGUCAUUAUCGUCUAUCACAGAAGCUGUUGCAGAACUUGAUUCCAUCGAGGAACUUGAGGAAAACACAGAACUUUAUGGUUUUGCUAUUGACCUUCUAAUGCAGAAAGAUAGCAGAGAAAUGUUUAUGGCAUUGAAACCCAACAAAAAGGUAUGGUAUCUUAAGAUAGAAUUCGAGAAAAGUAAGAGGAACACUUCUUAAUGAUUCUUUACUGCAUUUGCUUGCAUGAGCAAUUACCAUCUUUUCAACGACAUGUAAUUAUUUCUUUUUCUUAUAUAGAUGAUGAGUUAUUCUUGUGAUUAAUGUUAGCUCAACCUUAGGUUGUUUUAUGAGGAUGUCAUUGUUAUCAUUUUUUUUUUAAUAUUUUCUCAAUAUGAAAACAACUAUGCAGUAUGAAUGCUUU